AGUAGAAGAAGAAAAAGAAGCAGCAAGGGGCAGGCAGCUGGUGACAGCCGAAGUGUACCGUUCCCCCACCCUCCUCAGCACUCUGUUAACUGGAUCAAACGGACAAAUUGCCGGACAGCUCGAUGGAAAUACAAUAGUAACGUUUGCUGAUAGUCGGCGAUUACAUUUUAUAACUUUGAGCGGAUAGGACUAGCGUUUGUAGGCGAGUCCAAGUAGUGUUAUCGUUGCUGCUUGUGGCAAACUGAGUUAACACUGUUGCUUCGAGUUUUAGCAUAGGUAACGUUACCGUUAGCUGUCUAGCAAGCAAAAGCUAAAUAACUUCAGUGUUUACGGUCCCAUCGGAUUGCCAGCUUCGACAGUCUGCCAGGUUAUCGCCAAAGCCGUCAGGUUGUCGGCUACUCGGUAAAGAUGGGUGACAUAAACCCAUCGACAUCCCAUGCAUUUCAGUCGGAGGGUUUCAGUCCGCCGUACAGGAGGAGGAGGACAGUGGAGGAUUUUAACAAGUUUUGCACUUUUGUUCUGGCAUAUGCCGGUUACAUCCCAUACCCCCAAGAGGACUCUCCACUGCGUAGUAGCUCAAGCCCCCCAAACAGUACAGGCAGCACAGCCGACAGUGAUGGCUGGACCCCAGGACCAGCAUCUUCCUGCCCCCAACGCCCCCUGAAGGGCCCCCAGGAUAGGAGCAGGAAGCGUCCACAGCCAGGAUCCAUUCUGUCCAGCCACGCCAAGAAAGAUCACACAAUCACUACCCUGCAUCCAGAUGAUCGCAGGAAAGCUGACAAGCUGAAGAAGAAGAAGAGGAGGAAGGAGAGGGAGCAUCAGUCUGUUGAAGAACGUGGGGCUCACUUAGCAGUCCCAGAGCUGCAGUGCCCGCUUUCCUUUGGCGGCCGAACAAUCAAAGAAGAGCCAGAAGAUGACAUCAGCAUUCCCCUCCACCCCCAGUGCGUGCCUAGCCCGUCCCCUUGCAAAGAGGAACCCAAGGAAGAGCGUCGAUACUGGGACGGACGAGACCUUGAGGAAGGGGUGGUAAAGAUACAGAAGGUGGAGGGCUUUUCAGGAAACAGAACGGUGUUCCGCCAGGGAAAGCAGGUGGUGUUCCGAGACGAAGAUGGCUCAGGGGAGGAUGAGGAUAUAAUGGUAGACUCUGAUGAUGACUCGUGGGACCUGGUGACAUGUUUCUGCAUGAAGCCUUUCGCGGGACGCGCCAUGAUCGAAUGUAACAAGUGCAACACCUGGAUCCACCUGUCGUGCGCUAAGAUCCGCAAGAGUCACGUGCCAGAGACAUACGUGUGCCAAAGCUGCCGAGAGACACACGGACCUCCAGACACUCGACGUUCCCACCGCUCGCGUGUAGGCCCACGCAAACACAUGCUGGACUGACCCCAGGCCACAUCCUGAACUCUGACCCGUACCGCUCCUACUUUAACCCUCUACUGGACUGGCCCCUCCUCCUCAGAUUCAGGUCUUGCACCCUUCAGUCUCUCUCCUUCAAGGUUCAACCAUGAACCCAUAUUUUCUACAAACAUUUUAGUGGACCUAUCCCGAGCCCUUAUCCCAUUUGAGAACAAUUUGAGUGCUAUUUUAGAUUUACUAAGGUUUGUUUCUGCUUCCUACAGACUCUGCGCGUAAGGCAAUCACUGAAUGGAUGUCUGUCUGUAGAUGACAUUAGCAUAGCAACAAACCGCUACUUUUGGGGCUUGGUGUCUCGUGAACACUGGAAGCAUUUUGAACUGCCAUAUUGAGAGAAUUCUCACAACUGCCACCCACUAUGGUGCAUGCUGGGAUUUGUGGGAAAAAUGGUUUGCACUUUUUUAAAAAAAAAAAAAAAAUCCACCUAACCUUUCUUUCAGAGACGGGUGUGUCUUUCUGAUCUGGUUAAACUGGAUUUAAUUUCUCUAUGAUGCCUCUAUUAAUGUUACAUAAUUAACCAUUUAAAACAGGAAAACAAGUUGAGGCUGGUGUCAAUUGCUUCAGAUGGUGCUAUAGUAUUAAGCUGAGGUAUAAUCGAAUAGAACAAAGAUGUAGGAUAAGAGGCUAGAGUCUGCAUCUGCAUCAUCAGUUUGUUGUUCUGCUUUUCUUGUUUAAGACAUUUUCAAGAAUAUCAUUGAGGCCAUUAGCUCAUACAGCUGAACCAAGAUCUUGUCUUCCAGAUACUGGUAUUCCUCCGAAUCAACACGUUACUCAGCCAUACACAGAAGCUUUCACACUUUGUUUCUCAACGUGUUUAAACAGUGUUCUUCGCUGACCACAUUUGUUCCUAAUAAAGAAAUUGUUAUAUAACAGUUUAGAAAAAAAGAAAAGUUCGGCAAAUGACAAAAGUCAGGUUUUCAGUAUAUCCUGUUAUAUCUGGUCAGUAUGAUUUUAGUUAACCACUUGAUGCGCUUGACUAAGUUUUCAGAGACAAAUAUAUUUAUAGAAGGGAACCACAGUCCUGUUUGCAGUACUGACAGGUGAAAAAAAGGUAUCUGUAACUGGAAUGGUGUCAGACCAGAAAUCUUCA